CUCACGUCGUUUUGGCUCAACGGUCUGCAGCGGUCUGGUGGACCGAAGAAGCUCCGUGUUCAAAGAGGCACGGAUAUGGCAGACAAUGAGAAUGCCAACUCGUCCGAAUACGAGGAAGACACGGAGUCGGAAGAGCCAGACUCCGAGGAUCCGGAUAGCGACGAGGCAGACUCCGAACCCGGUGAUGAUGAGUUGGAGUUGUUGAAACAGCUGAUGACCGUGAAUGACAAGAGCUUCGAGGAGCUCCAGCUACCCCCGAAGGUGGUUCGAUCCACCCAAAAAGCUUGGGACUCCUUCGUCGGGGUCUUCGAACGAAAAGAAGGCGCUGCGGACUCCAUUUACGGUGCCUUUUUCGAUGCGGCACCGAACUUGCAGGGCAUGUUUCGGGCACCCCGAGCUACUAUGGGCCUGAGGAUCUUGGCAGGUAUAAGCCAAUUUGUGGGCUCCGCGCAUGAGCCAGCGCAGCUGCGGCGGCACGUGGAAGCCAUUGCCUUCAAUCACUUGGACUUAGAUGUAACAGCUCCCCGGGUAGAGAUCUUCCGGGAAGCCACCAUGGAGGUCUUUGACCUGGAAUUGGGGGCCCUCUUUGGGACUCGUGCACGCUUCGGGCUUUCAGCCAUUAUGACUUAUGCAGGCGGUGCCUACAUCUUUGCAAGGAAAGAGUACGCAGGCCGCAUUAGGAUAUUGCUGCGAAGCUGGAAUACUGCAGCGAAGAAAGGGGAAACGGUCGAGCAGAUCGAGGAUCUUGAUAGUAAGUCGGAUGAUGACGAGGAGGAGGAAGAAGUGGCACAAGAGCAUGUGCAAGCAGAUGCGAAUCUGAAAAGCCAAGAUGGCACUGGAAAGAAUCCUCAGUUGAAAGUGCCGACAACCUUUGAUGAAAUGUUUCUCUUUAAUGCCGCGGUGAUGGGCUACGCGAAUAGUACCUGGAUGAAAUUUAUCCUGGAGUAUUUCGACCCCAUCGUUUCCAACGUCGCGAAUUCAUAUCGCUUGCAAGAGGAAUGUGAUGUGCUUUCGCUGAAUUUGGCGAAAUGCAAAGGCGACAUCAACCUUCCAGAAUUCAAGGCAGUGAUGUUAGCUUCUUUGAGGUCAUUAGUGCCGAAGGAGUGGAACUCGCAGCACGAGGUGGCCUGGAACUGGCUCUGGGAGAAUGUGGAGCGUCUCCUCAGACAGCAGUUAGGCAAGCCAAGGGCGCAUCAAAAAGCCCUGGAGAGGUUUAUAGGCGGACUGCAGCAGGAGCACCUGACCAGCUAUUGCCGGGACCAGUACAAACGGUUCUUUCAGCUUGCUCCUUCAGGGCAAGACUUCUUCAAGCAGUCGACCACCCGCCUCUACUUCAUUGCCGAGAAAAUUGUGGAGAUGACUGUGGAGAUGUAUCGUACACCAAAGAAAAUGGUGGAGGAAUUGUCGGGCUUGGGAUUGAGACAUGUGGGCUACGGUGUUCCCACGGAGCUCUUCUCACCCUAUGUGACCUCAGCAGUUGAGGUGAUCCGUGGGAUGACCACAGACGACCACACGCAGACGGCCUUUGCAUGGUCCUUGACGCUCAUCGCCAAGAUCAUGGUGCGAACGCUGGUGGAAGGCUCCACGGUGGUCAUGCAGGCCAUCAAUACCAACAUUGAGAAGAAUCUCAAGAAGGCUAUUGCAGUGGCGCCCCGCGGGAAGCGUGCGAUGGAGCUGCUGAACAUUACAGUGGGCACUCAGUCCAUCUCGCCGCUCUACUGGGCCAUUGAGUCUGGUAGCCUCGUGUGUGCACAAGCAAUGAUCGAGGACUUGUUGACCAUCCGAGCAGAUCGAGACAACUACUAUUUUGGAGCGGACGCUUUGUUCACUCGGCAUCCGGAGGUGAUCAAGAAGCUCUCGUCCAGCGCGCCCUCCUUAUUGGAUCCGCUCUUGGAAGGCCUGAUUUGGCGUUCCAGAGUGAUUUCCAAUGGCUACAGACGAGUCAACUGCUACUGCAAGCAUUUGAUGCAAGAUGUUGAUGGAAAUCAUCAUCAAGCUCUUCAAUGGUUAGUAGAAUAUGGCAAUCCAGUGAUGAUCAGCCAGUUUACUGUGGUGCUCGUGGCAGAUCUCAUGUGGACUCGUCUUGUAGCAUACCACUUUCUCUUGGGCAGAUGCUAUUUCCUUUUUACACUUUGCUUGGCAGUGACCAGCCAGUCCUUCCUGUCGAUACCCUCGGCAAUGCACAGAUCUGAAACCUUAGAAGCCAACAUCGUGGUCUUCAUUUGCCGCGUCUUUUUGUAUUUGGGGAGCAUGUGCAAGAUCCUCUACACGCAAAUUCGAAGUUUUGUGGCUGACUGCAAAAGUGGCGCCAUUGAUCGGACGUACUACAUCCCAAUCCCGCAGUAUUUGUUUUCGCUGCAAUCUGGUGGCAACUUUAUGCUUUUUUGGCUCUUGGUCGGGAUGUGUACGACGGAACCACUGUGGCGCUGUGGAGCUUUCUCCACCACUGAAGACCACAUUAUAUUCAGCACACACUGCCAGUCGGUGCUGGAUGAUGGAACCAAGCGAGUAUACUCGAUGUUUUCUUGUCUGGCCAUCCUUCUCUACUGGACCUUGCUCUUAGACUUUUCCAUAUUCUCCAUGCACAUCAGCGCCUAUGUGUUGGUCUUCGGGAGGGUCUUGUCAGAGGUGGCGCUCUUCAUCAUGGCCUUGGUUUUUCUGGUGAUCUCCUACUCCACUGCCAUCAUGGCUUUAGAGCAUGAGCUGUUGGACUUUGCUGACUUCGGAACCUGGCUCUUGUCGUUGACGCAGAUGUCGCUGGCGAUGUUCCCACAGGUCUACUAUCAGGAGUUCGAGAAAGAAGCAAAUCUUUUGGUGGUGGUCAUCGCCUUUGUUUUGAUCGUCUCGGUGAUCUUGGUGAAUCUCUUGGUGGCCCAGCUGAACCAAGCCUAUCAGCAUGUCUAUACCGACAUGCAAGGCUAUGCGAGACUGAAUCGCGCUUCAGUGAUCGUCACCACUUUGGAGGGAAUCUCCGCCAAGCGCUGGGCCAGGUUUCUCCAAGGCAUGAAGUUCGACGAGCGCUUGGAGUUCAAUGAGGGGGAUGUCGGCUUGCCAGGUGGGGUUCAGAUUAUGGAACCAGCGGCCACCAACAUCGUCACUGUGGACUCCAUCCGGCGCUUUGGCGGCUCCUCAGCCGUGGCAAUGCCUUGGCCGGAGGAGGACGACUCCAUGGAAGAUAGGUUCGAUCGCCUAGAAAAGCUCAUCAUGACUUCUGUGAAGAAGAUGGGCAAAUCCAGAAAGUCCAAAAAGAAGGACGGCGGUAGCUCCAACAUUCUUUCGACCUUGGGUGGUGAAGCGAGUAGCGAUGGGAGUGGGAGCGGCGGAAGCGACUGAGAUGCCCAGAGGGUGGAGAAAGUUCUCCAG